UAACACGAUAGACCGCCAUUAAAAGCAAGCGAGAGAAGAAACAAGCAACGGAAAGAGCGAGCAUGGGGCCACAUGACUGCAUCGACGCCUCUGCAAUACCUCUCACUCGAGAGGGGUUUUACGCGACGAAUAACCAGUUCCAGAGAAGGGGUCCAAAGGGUUUCAUGGAGGUAAAGGUUUUGGAGAACAAUGAGCUUUACGUGCGAGUGGACAUGCCCGGGGUUCCAGACGACGCCGUUCUGCACAGGAUCGACAGCGUCAGGAAAAAGGUGGUCUUUUUCUCCGGAGAAACUCCGCCUGCCGCCGAGACUCAGCGUGAGUACUCCGGCUGCGCCGGUCUGGGCUGCGAUUGCUGCGACAUCACCGGCGUCAACGCCACUAUGAAGGAUGGUGUCCUUCGCAUGCUUAUCACCAGGGUUAAGGUCAAAGACGAAGAUAUGAGGUGCACCCUCACUUUGCCUACCUACACAGGGAAAUCGGGAAGAUACCUGGAGGACCAUCCAUUUGUGGUGAAAGGACCGAAGAGGGCACAUUUCGCAAAGGCAACGGAGGAUGGAAGGCUGUGUGCAACGUUCGAUGUGCCUGGUGCCUCAGCUGAUGACGUUCGAGUCUUCCUCGAGGAAGAUGAGGUUCGAUUCUACGUUGAGACGGAGAAAGUGUGUGAACAUGACGAGAGUGGCAGAGCCUACCUCGGAAGCAUCGGGUACCAUGGAAUGUCUGGCGUCGUCUUCAACUGGGAAGCCAAACACGGCAUCCUUCAUCUCUUUCUUUCCCCUAAUUGAAGAACAAGCCAAAGCGACUUUGGUCUUUGGUAUCUCUGUCUGUGGAUCUGAUGAAGUUGAUGCCCUUUCCGUGACUGUUUAAGGUUUUCAAUGGCAAGGAUUCUGUCGCUGUCUUCUUUA